AUGAAGGCUUCUUUCUUGACGGCCCUCGUCCUGGCCGCCUGCACGGUGGCGAGCCCCGUGGGCCAGCCUUACGCUCGCGACGGUGAAUGUACUUGCCAGCCCAUUGGCGAUCAUGGCUCUGGCUCUGGCUCUGAGCCGCCGCAGCCUGCCCCCGAGUCCGAGUCUCCUGCUCCUUCAGCGUCCCUCUCUCCCGGUGGCUCUUCAUCCGGUGUUUCUUCUUUCCCCGGCGAUCCGGCGCCUGCUUCCUCCCAGCCUGUCACUCUUUUGGGAUUCCGACCAGCUCCUACCGCUACCGCUACUGUGCCGUUGGCUUCAUCGUCUCCGAAUGCUGAACCUUCUGGACAGCCUUCGGGUCUUCCUGGAUCCACGGGCUCUUCUGAUCCGUCUGGUCCUGGUGGCUCCGGAUCUUCCAGCCCGUCAGGCCCCUUGAAACCCUCUGGUCAUCUGAUUCAGGAUCUGGGUCCUCAAGUCGAUCGCCUGUUGAAGGUCGUCGGCAGCGGCACGGAGGAACUGUUCAUCCAGUUGAGCGAUCCAUUUGCGGACCUGUUGGCCGGACUCGGUUUGGUGGGUCUAUCUCAGCCCGUGGGAAGCCUCCUCAGAAGCGCCUCCAGCAUCGGUGAGCUGGUGUCGGACCUGGGUCAGCCCGUGGACAACCUUUGCAUCGUGACGGGCAAGGGUCUUGGUUUCUUUCUGAUCGAAUUGGACCACCCCGUGGCUGAUCUCCUUCGCGGGCUUGGCCUUGAUGCGCUCGCUCAGCCGGUGGGAAAUGUGCUCAGCGACAUUGGCAGCAGCCUCAAGCGUCGGACUAAUGUCUCGAAGCCGGCGGGUCUGCUCGAGGAACUGGCCCCCGUGGUGGAUUGCAUCCUUCAAAUCACCGGCGAAGACCUCAAGCCACUGCUGAUCCGUCUGAGCAACCCCGUGGCGCAGCUCCUGAUCAACCUGGGCUUGAACGAGGCUGGGCGCAGCGUGGGCCAAGUGAUCCGGUCAGCUGCCUCAGUGGGCGACCUGAUUGCCAACUUGGGACCGGUGGUGGAUUGCCUGCUCACGGUGGUGGGUGAAGACGGUGGUCUCCUGCUGAUCAAGCUGGAUCCCGAUGUUGCCGCCUUGGUGUCUGGCCUGGGGUUGCCGGCUAUCGGAGUGCCCGUGGGUACCAUUGUCGGGGAGCUGGGAAAUGCUUUGUAG